GUGAAAGUGGACACGUGGACACCUGAGACUGACGUGAACUUAAGCCAAUCACAGCGUGGACUGGUGACGCCAGCUCCCACCAGUCACCCAAUGGGAGAGUUUACUGGUGGAGUAAAAAUAACAGUCGGAAAAAUGAGAAAAACCGAGGCAGCGGAGUGUGAAGCCUGGAGGAGACACACAACUGAUGUUUAUUCCACAUUUUACUGAAGAACACAACACAUCUGACUGUGUUACUCCCGGAACAAGAUUUUCAAUGAAGACAAGAAGAGGAUGCUUUGAUUUCCCUGGUUGAAUUUACUCACUGCAACUUUUAUUCUCCAUUAACAAACAUACUGGGUGUUGUGAGUCAUGGGAAGCUUCAAGGGCCACGCUCUCCCUGGGAGCUUCUUCCUGGUAGCUGGGCUCUGGUGGACAGCAAAGUACUCGCUCUGGCACGCCACCCGCAGGAACAAGAACGUAGGUUCCACCCGGUUGGCCAGCAGAGCCUCGCAGCGCCGCCUGGAGAUCAUUGAAAGCUCUGUCAUAGUCUUCUUCUCUUUUUUUGGGAUGCUGGCAGAGCAGUUUUUUGCAGAUGGACCGAAGCUCCGGUUGUACGACUUUGCAGAGAAACACUGGGAACAUCUGAUGAACUGGCAGCAUGCAACCAUGUACCUCUUCUUUGGCCUGGCUGGGAUAGUGUCUCUGAUUAUCCACACCACAGAGGCUGUCCCACUGACUCUGGACAGGUUAAUGCUGGCCAUCGCUUUCUUUAAUGAAGGAUUUCUUUUUUUCUACCACCUCCAUGGGAGAAGUAUGCUGGACGUCCAUGUACAUCAGCUGCUGCUCUAUGCCAUCUUUGGAGAGGCUCUUGUUGCUUUCCUGGAGGUCUUCCACCGAGGCAACAUCAUCCUGGAGCUGGUGCGGUGCAGCCUCACUGUCGUGCAGGGCACCUGGUUCUGGCAGAUUGGCUUCGUGCUGUACUCUCCCAGUGGCACUGAGUGGGACAUGAAGGAUCACAACAACAUGAUGUUCAUCACAAUGUGUUUCUCGUGGCACCUCGCCUUCGCCAUGCUCAUCGUGGGUUUGGUGUACUGCACCGUCAGCUGUGGGGUUCGCUCCAGAUUGAAGAGGACUCCUCCGAUGGAAAUGGGGCUCCUGAAGCCCAGCGAGAGGGACCCAGAGUCAGAGGAUGAGAUUUUAUAAGGAGGACUGUUGUUCAACUUCACUGUGAUUCGUGUACAUCACAGUUGAAUCAGGGAUAUAAUGUUUGCAGCAAUACAGCUAGAAGCGAGGCAUUCAAACAAGAAAGGGAUGAGGACAUGUGCAAAUAUAUCCUACCUCUGCCUUAUUUAAUCAACUGUUCUUACUAUUAUUGUUCAUCAAUGUUUUUUUUUUUAGCCAUGGCCUUUAGAAUACAAUAUAUCAUUAUUGUCCAUAUCUUUAUUGUUGGUGGAAAUUUGUCUUCGGCUCACCCAACACAAAAGAACAACAACAUAAAAAAAAACAAACAAGUAAUUCGUAAAACAAACACACGGGCAAGGUCAUAUGAUACAUACACAUUUUUUUAAUAAUGUCAUGUCAAUUUAUGUGGGUAAAUCUCAUUGGUCACUAUUGAUAUUGAUGGUACUUGGGAUGAAGAACUUCUUAAAUACAUCUUGGUCGUUACAGGGACUCUAUAGCGCCUCCCGGAGCUCAAACAGGCUGAACAGAGGAUGGGAUACUUUGCAUAUAUUCUUCCAUAUUCAUUUAUUAUUAAUUUGCACAAGUUUUAUCGAUUGCAUGCUUUUCAUUUGACUAGCCAAACAUUUCUUGUCAGACAUGUUGGUGUUCAGUAGUGCCACCUUGUGGUGAAAACAGUGAUCACCAUCAGCACAGCAUAUAUUACUUGAAAGUAUUUGUGUUUCAUAAAGAUAGGAAAUUGAGUCACACAUGUGAGUCGAACCAAAAGCCAAACAAUAAAUUAUUUAUGUUGAA